AUGGCGGCUACAGACCCGGCUGGUGCGGCCUCCAGGGACCUGCCUAUUCGGAGGCAGUCGUUGUCCUCCAUCAACUUCGACAUCGUUGCCACCUACCGCAAUCUCCUCUCGUCAGACGCCAACCUCACGAAGCCCGUCGCCGCCAUCGAAUCCCUUGUCAUUCUCCUCAAGGCCGUCCCCUCCACCACUGUGUACGAAACGCUCGACACGGUCAAGAUUCACUCGGACCGUCUAAAGGCGUCCGUAGCCAACCCCGUGCCUCUCACCGCCGGUACCGACCUUUUCCUCCACUAUCUCGUCUCCUCGCUUAAGCAGCAGGAAGGGAGCUUCGACGCCGUUCGCACCCACCUCCUCCGCAACGGUCACCUUUUCGCCGAGCGUGCCAACGCCGCACGCAACGGCGUCGCGGAGGCCGGCUGGCGCUUCGUCCGCGACGGCAAGUGCGUCCUGACCCAUGGCGCAUCCAGGUCCGUCGCCGGUGUGCUUGCCCGCGCCUCCAAGAUCCUUCCCGGCAAGUUCAGGGUCAUCUACGUCCGCGACGAGGCGAGGCCUGCCGAGAGCGGCCGCGUCGUCGACCAGCUGCGCGGCAUGGGCAUCCCCGUCGCCGAGAUCCCCGAGGCCGCCGUCGCCCAUGUCAUGGGCCUGCUUCGGCAGGUGCACAUGGUCUUUGUCGGCGCCGAAGCUGUCACCCAGAACGGCGGCAUCAUCUCGCGCGUCGGCACUUUCCAGAUUGCCCAGCUCGCCGUCGCCCGGAAGAUACCCUUUUACGUCGCCGCCGAGACGCACAAGUUUGUUCGCAAGUUCCCGCUCGACCAACGGGAUCUCGGUUUCAAACAGGAGAUGCUUCAUUUUACCACCGACGGUCCUAGCCAGUGCACCGAGGAUCUUGUCGACUACACUCCCCCCGAGCUCAUCACCAACCUCGUGACGGAAAACGGCGUCCACCUGCCCACCUACGUCUUCGAACAGCUCCUCGACAUAUACGGCAGUCUAAACGGGUGA